UGCAAGCAUUGAAGCUGAAAUACAGCACAUGUGGCACAUGUGAGGUGCUUGAGGUCGUAUAUGGUGGCACAUGUAGCGCAAGACAUGCAUUCGCACAUUUGACACAUGUGGGCCCUUUGCGAACUUGUGCACAUUGGCACAUGCAGGAUGCUUUCCACAUGUGGGUUACAAGAAAAGAUAGAAUGGUAGAACAUGUGGCGCAGUGGCAGGUGUGGGGCACAAUGAAGAUAGAUGGUGCCACAUUUGAGUUUAACUCCAUUUUCCUUCCAUAGUGGGAAAAUGGCCUCCCUUCAAAUGAGUGGAUGUGUGAGAAUGCAUUAAAAAUAGUUUUCAAUAAAGAUAGAAAAUGACAAAAGAUGUUUCACAUAAAUUAUUUUUUAAAAAAAAAGACUUAACAAACAACUACAAGUUAGUUUCACAGGAUUGUUUUCUUUCCUUUCAUUAAUCCAAACAAGCCCUUGUGAUAUUAGUAAUAAAAAACGCACGUAGAACGAGAUUUUGUCAAGGUCAUCCUGUCAAAUCAGUACUUGAGAAAAUCACCAGCAGUUUCCAUAAAAAAUUGCAUAUACCGGGCAAUUGGAACCAUCUGCAUAGUGGCCCACCAGACCAACAAUCCUAAUCAACAAACAUGAGCCACACUUAAGCUGAAGACGGCCAAUUAUGUCAACUCACGUGUUGGGCUCUCAUUGGCUUAUUAUAUAGUGAAGAAUCUAAGAUAGAUGGAAUUUGAACAGGCAAUAAUAGAAGAGGAUAUGAUAGAUGGAACAUAUAUAGGCAAUGAUAGAGGUGGAUAAUCUUGUAUGUGAUCUUGAGAUCCUUCUCUUUCCCUUACUUUGAACAUCUCUAAUUUUUUUUCUUGUGAUUUCCUGUUAGGAACAAGGAAUGGCAGAAGCAGUUGUAUCUGGCUUUCUUCAACUAGUUAUUGAAAAACUAGCAUUGCCAAUUCUAGAAAAGUGUAAACUGUUCUGGGGUUUUCACAAGGAGAUGGAAAAUCUAAGAAGCAGGUUAUCAACGAUACAAGCAGUGCUUGAAGAUGCGGAGCAGCAGCCAGUAAAGAGUAAGGCGUUACAGAAUUGGCUGGGAAAGCUUAAAGAUGUGGUUUAUGAUGCAGAUGACAUAUUGGAUGAGUUCACAAUAAUCGAAGCGGACGCAGAAGCAAAAGUGGAAGAUAAACGCAGAAAAUUGCAGAUCGGCACCUUUUCAGCAUCGAACCUGGUGUCCCGUUCAAAUAUGGCAGAUAAGAUAAAGGAGAUAGGGCAGAGAUUAGAUAAGAUUGCUGAAGAGAGGUCUCAAUUCCAUUUGAUAGGGGGAGAACGGGUGUCAGAUAUUAAAGGCCGAGAACCAACUGAUUCAUUUGUAAUCGAAUCAGAUGUUUAUGGAAGGGAAGAAGAUAAAAGAAGGGUAAUGGAAUUACUGAUUAGCAACGAUAACGGAGAGGAUGUUACAGUCAUCCCCAUAGUCGGUAUGGGGGGCCUUGGGAAGACCACACUCGCUCAGUUAGCUUGCAAUGACGUGAGGGUAGCAACGCAUUUUGUAUUAAGCAUGUGGGUUUGUGUGUCGGACGAUUUCAGUCUGAGUAAGGUAACAAAAGAUAUCAUAGAGUCAGCAACCCGUAGCAAAUGUGAUCUCCAAAGCAUGGAUCAGCUGCAGCAUCGCCUAAGAGAAUUGCUGAGGGAGAAGAAGUUUUUACUUGUGUUGGAUGAUGUCUGGGAAGAAAAUCCUGUGAAUUGGGAUCGGUUGAAACAAUUUCUCAGAGGAGGUGCAGCGGGUAGUAAAAUCAUAAUAACUACCCGUAGUGAAAAAGUUGCUUUAAUCAUGGGCACUCUCCCCCCACAGCAUUUGGCAAGAUUAUCAGAUGAUGAUUGUUGGUCUCUGUUCAAGCAGCGGGCGUUUGGGCAUGGAAGACAAGAACAUCCAAACCUUAUAAUGCUCGGAAAGGAAAUUGUGAAGAAGUGUGGGGGCGUCCCUUUGGCGGCGAAGGCGCUCGGAAGCUUGAUGCACUCCAAAACAGAGGAAAGAGAGUGGUUGUUUGUUAAAGAAAGUGACAUUUGGAAUCUAGCCGAAGAAGAUAAUCACAUUUUACCUGCUUUGAGGUUGAGUUAUUAUCAUCUUCCACCACAUUUGAAGCAAUGCUUUGCAUACUGCUCAAUAUUUCCAAAAGAUUAUCUAAUCAAGAAGGAGAAGCUAAUCCGACUAUGGAUGGCAGAAGGUUUUAUUAAAUCAUCAGGCAGAAGUCAGCAAAUAGAAGACGUCGGUGGAGAGUAUUUCAAUAAUCUAUUAUGUCGGUCCUUCUUUCAAGAUGUUCACAAAAAUGAAGAUGGGAAUAUCGUAUGGUGCAAGAUGCAUGACCUCGUGCAUGAUCUUGCAUGCUCUGUUGCUGGGAAUGAAUGCUCGAUUGUGCAGGAAAAGAAUGCGGUACUGAGUAUCCCUAACAGAUCUCGUCAUUUGUCGUUGGAUUGCGGGGGUAACACAUGUGUCCGAACAGACCCAGAGCCCUCAAGGACAGCAAACCAUUUGCGAACGCUGCUUGUGCUUGAAAGUGAGGAUAUCAGCAUUCAGUAUUUCAGCAUUGCUCAUAAUGUUUUGGUACAUUUUAUGUUCUUACGUGUGCUAGAUUUAAACAAUUUGAAUGUCACCGCGAGGUUGUUGGAUUCAAUCAGCAGGUUGAAGCACUUAAGAUACCUCGAGUUGUCUAUUACUGAAAUACGAGCCCUUCCUAAAUCCAUUUGCAACCUUCACCAUUUGCAAACCUUGCGACUCUGGAGUUGUUAUGAUCUUGUAGAGUUACCCAGGGACAUGAGCAAAAUGACUAGCCUAAGACAUCUUGAAAUUGAAUACUGUCAUCGAUUGACCCAUAUGCCAGCUAAUAUGGGACAAUUAAAGCUCCUUCAGACCUUGCCAAUAUUCAUAGUUGGUAAGGAUAGUGGAUGUGGUAUAAGAGAGCUGCAAGGUCUAAACCUUGGAGGAGAAUUGACUAUUCGAAACCUCGAGAAUGUGAUGUGUGCAACAGAUGCCCAGGAAGCAAACUUGAAAGAUAAGCCAAACCUUCAUAAGUUACACUUUUCAUGGGGUCCGGAUAUUAAUCUUCAGUUGGAAGGAAAUGUCGAGCAAACCCUUGAAGGUCUCCGACCACAUCAAAAUCUCAAAAGGUUGACUGUGAGAGAGUACAUGGGUGUCAGAUUUCCGCAUUGGAUGUGUUCUUCAUCACUUCCAAAUCUGAUUGAAGUUUCAGUGAUUAAUUGCAGAAGAUGCGAACAGCUCCCCCCGCUCGGCCACUUACCAUUACUGAAGGUUCUUGUGAUACAAGGAAUGGAUGCCGUGAAAUCUAUUGGCAACCAUUUCUAUGGCGGCAAUGAUGUCACAGAGGCAUUCCCAUCACUGGAAGAACUCGCCAUCCAAGAUAUGCCUAAUUUAGAGGAGUGGUCAGGAUCCAAUGGAAGAGUACUCCCCUGCCUAAACAAAUUAACUGUCCGGGAAUGUCCAAAGUUAACAACACUUCCAUGCCUGCCAUCUCUAAAAAAAAAUUGGAAUUGA